UCUCGUGUGCCAUUGCACAGCAGCGUUGCCAUCGUGGACUCCGGCGUUGUUUCUCUACGACGGCAGGGUUCCGCGGUGGGCAUGUCUGAGGCGGCUGUCGAAGGCGUGACGUGGCAAACCGUGCGAGGAUUGGCAGAAAUGGACAGUCAACGCGACGAAGAGAUCGACGCCGUGGCGAUGGCGGUUACUGCCAUCGUCGUGAACACGAUGGGCGACAAGGAGUCCUCGUCGCAGGACAUGCUGACGCGGCUCCGACAACGUAGACCGAUGUUGCAGAGCGUUGCAGAGGCGCCGAAUUGCGCGGGGACGUGUGAGGCAGUCCAGACUUCGCGAUGGUGGAUCAAACGACGGACUGGCGGGACAUGGGAGGACCACCGGCUUCGUGACAACGCGACGGACGAGUACUUCCGGCAGAAGCUGCGCAUGUCCACGUCCAUGUUCAACCACAUCGUAGCCGCGUGCGCCGCGUACAUGGAGAAGAAGGUGACGCACUAUCGAAUGCCAUUGCCUGUGGAGCAGCUGAUUGCUUUCGCGUUAUACAGGUGGGCGUCCGGAGAGACGUAUGAGAGCGGCACGUCAGCAUUUGGCAUCCGCAGGGAAACUGGACUGCAGGCCGUCCGCGACGUCACUUCGGCGCUGCUGCAGGCGUACCCCGACGCGAUAAAGUGGCCAAUGGGCAGGAGACGUGCGCAGAUUCUGCGCGCUUUCUGUGAGAAGGGUUUCCCAAACUGCUUCGGCGCUAUCGACUGUACACACAUCUACAUUGACAAGCCCGCCGGCGCACCUUCCGAGAACUACUACGACUGCAAACAUAAGUUCUCCGUGUAGGCGCAGGUGGUUGUGGAUUUUGAUUUGCGGAUCCUCGACGUCCACGUCGGAUACCCUGGAAGUGU